UCCAGCACCGUUCAGACGUCCAGCGAGCAGCGGCGCUUCUCUGGCUCUCUCACCUCACCGCAGCCCCAUCCUCACCAUGAUCUUACACUUUGCUUUGGUCGUAGCAUCUGUUUUCUGCAACGUCGCAGCUGCUACAGAUGCACGCAACGUGAACGAUUCAGAGCAGCGCCACCGGGAACUGUCUUCGUACGGACUGCCCUACUGGUGGCUCCUCAACUCUGCGCUCUCCCUUCCUCAGGACCGCCUCGACCAGCCCUCCUCGAAGAUAGAUGAGGCUCAGGAAGACGUGUCUGACCAAGACCUCUCUGUUCUCUCCCUCAUGCUGCCGACCGAAGACCAGCGAGAAAAGAACAUGUCUAAGCUCCCGCUGUCCUCCCCAAGCUACCUGGCCAAACGAUCCCGACGGUGCGGAACCAAGGGGCGAGGUCGCUGCCGUCGCGGUGAGGUCACCGUCAUUCCAGCUGCCCAGGUGAGCGAGAGCUGGAAGAACGACUAUGCCGCCUUGCCGGAAGUCAUGGUCGAGCUCUCCCAGAAGCAGGCGGAGGAGACAGCGUGCAAGGGCAUGUCCGUGCAGCUGUUCCGCGUGGACCUGAGCGAGCACUUCCUCGAGCCUCUGUGGGUGCGCGACACAGUCCACCUGGGCAUGUGCCCCUCCAAACUGCAGAUGCGGGAACUCGGAAGCAACGUGAUGCCACCGAGGGUCGUCGAGACCAAGUGCCUGUGCCAGCAAGAAUCCUGCUCCAACCUCGGCGGCGACUUCCGCUGCCAGGCGGUGAAGAAGUCCAUCUCGACCUGGGUGCGCCUCGAGGAGAACAAAUACAUCCCGUCUCAGGAGCUGGUGACGAUAGGCUGCGUGUGCGUCCAGAGAGCGAGUCCAGAGGGCAAGUAUGCUAAGCCAGCCCUUCUUUCUUAAAUAGUGACAACUUCACCUUCCCUUUGCUGGAGUCCACAAUGUAGCGGACCAAAGCUGCACCGUUCCAAUUAUCCCUAUAAAUAUAUCUGCAGUUACUCGUCUACCAUAUAUUUUCUCAGUCCAUUACCAGUCCAGCAUGUUUCAACAUUCGCCAGUCACCCCGUCCAAAUAUAGAUGACUGUCACUUAUUCUGUUAAGUAUCGAUUCUCAACAGUUACAUUCAAGUUUAAAGUCACGCCAGAUACCCGUCCAAUAAGUCGACUUUCUCGUCAGCGACCCGUCCAGCUAGUGAAUAGUUAAUUAGUCACCUGCCUGUUCAGCCACCUUCGCCGUCGGUAACUUGUCUAAUCAACAGUUGGCAGUACCGUAAGCUACAGUGCGAUCUAUACCUGAUAAUCUCAUGCAGUCCGUCUAAAAGCUGAACAGACCAUAUCAAAAUGCACAAAGGAGCGCAAAGGAAGGACAAAGAAAACAACAGAAAUAGGCAGUGUUGAUAAGAAGACAGCAAAAAAAAGUUCUGAAAGCUCCCGAAGCACAAGGCAAGACCGCGAGAGCCCGCGCCACAGGCAAGCCAGGCGGACGUGAACACCGGCCUCCCCUUUGGCACGACACCUCCGCUCGAAGAGGGUGAAGGGUGAUGAGGAAGGAAGGUCGAAGACUUGGUCGUGGAGAAGCUGAAGCAAGAACGAGGCCGCUCCACAGGGCGUCAGGACAGGUCG